AUGGCAAACGGCUCAAAAGGCUCUACCAUUGCGUUGAAAGUGCAGAUGGUCACCGCACGCAACUUCCAGGACGUCCUCACUGAGGUGAACUUCAUCGGCGGCGAAACUGCUGUUCUACGCCAUCCGAACAUUCUCACCGCCAGUCGAUGUUCACUUUUCAAGUCACACACUUCUAAUUUUCUGCGCUGCCACUUUUACAUGGCACUGGCUUUUGAGCCGAUGGCCGAUGGAAGCCUGGCCGACUACGUCUACGACCACUGGCCGGAGCCAUUUGUUGCCUGUUUGAUGUUGCAGUUGUUGAACGCGCUCAGCUACAUUCAUGCACAGGGAAUAGUUCACGACAACAUCAAACCAGACAACAUACUUCUCAACAAUGGCACUGUGAAAAUCACCGACUUUGGCAAGGCGUUUUACCUGAAGGAAGAGCAGGAGGAGGCAAAAGAACAGCGAAACAAAAUUAGCGCCAUUCGGUACACCGCUCCUGAGAAGGCCCGAGCCCGACUGAAUGGUGGAAAUUCAAAACAGGAAAAGUUGUCCACUGCCCUUGAU